AUGAGAUAUUAUCUUCUCUUUUUGUCAUUAAUAUUCUCUUAUGUUAAAUCACAAAGUAACGAAGAAUGUAAUAGAAUAAAGAAUUGUUAUGAAUGUACAAUUAUUGGUUGUGAGUGGUGUAAUAAUCAAUGUUCAUUAACAUUUUCUGAUUGUUCCCCAUCAAUUAAUCAACCAUCAAAAUGUGUUGAUUGUUCAUUAAAAACAAAUUGUAUGACAUGUGCUAAUAGUGGAUGUUAUUGGUGCACACCUUCAAAUGAAUGUCAGGCAAUCCCAACGUGUGUUAAAAAUACAAUAACAUCUCCAGGAAAAUGUCCUUCUUCAAGUUCAUUUUCUUCACAAAACACAAAUAUUAUUUCAUUAACUAUCAUCUUUACUCUUGUUAUUGUUAUUAUAUUAGGAUAUUCCAUUUUUAUAUGUUUCAAAAUAAGACAUCCAACACGUCAACAAUUUAUUCCAGGAAUGUUAUCUCCAUAUCCCCCACCACCAGUUGAUAAUGAAGCAAUUGUUCAAUCAGAUCUUAAUAUUCAAUUAGUAAAACGUCAAAAUGAAGAAGAAUAA